CGCCUAGCCCACGAGUGGGGGCCGAUCCGUAGGCUUCACAUGGGGUCCCGGCGAGCGCUGCAUUUCGUGUUCAAAGUCGCCGACCGAGCCCAGACCGCCCGCUUCUACCGGGAGGUGUUGGGCAUGCGCGUUCUAAGACAUGAAGAAUUUGAAGAAGGCUGCAAAGCUACCUGUAACGGUCCCUAUGAUGGCAAAUGGAGCAAAACCAUGGUGGGGUACGGUCCAGAAGACGAGCACUUUGUGGCGGAGUUAACCUACAACUAUGGAGUCGGAGACUAUCGUCUUGGCAACGAUUUUCUGGGGAUGACCGUUGUGUCCCACCAAGCAGUGAGCAAUGCCAAGAACCUGGAGUGGCCCCUCCAGGAGAUCUCAGGAGGCGUUUAUCUAGUGGAAGCUCCCGGAGGCUACAAAUUCUACCUGGAAGACAGGCAGUCGCCGAAGCCAGAUCCAGUGCUGAAGGUCACUUUAGCCGUCUCUAGCCUUCCAAGGUCCGUGGCCUUCUGGUCCAAGCUGCUGGGCAUGAAGAUCUACCAGAAGGAUGAGCCCCGGCAACGAGUUCUGCUCGGCUACGCGGAGGACCAGUGCAAACUGGAGCUGCAGGGCAUUGGCCAAGCUGUGGAUCACGGCACGGCCUUUGGACGGAUUGCCUUCUCUUGCCCAAAGGAGCAGCUUCUGAAUAUUGAAGCCUUGAUGAAAAAGGAGAACCAGAAGAUUCUGACGCCUUUCGUGAGCCUGGAGACCCCCGGAAAAGCCACUGUCCAAGUGGUCAUCUUGGCAGACCCUGAUGGCCACGAAAUCUGCUUUGUUGGGGAUGAAGGCUUCCGGGAGCUUUCCAAGGUGGACCCGAACGGUGGGAAGCUCUUAGACGAGGCGAUGGCGGCCGACAGGAGCAACGAAUGGUUUGCCAAGCAUAACAUCGUCAAGCCGUCCGCCUAGGCCGAGCAGCUGAGACAGCCAGCGUAGCGGUUUGGGCCGGGUGGGGGUGGGGGUCUCCUCGUGCCUUCUGACCACGUCGAUGCGAAUGUCAGUUGUAGGCGGAGACGUGCUUUUUAAAAAAAACCGUUAUGUGAAAACCA